AUGCGCCACGCCAUGGGCGUGCACAACACCUACGCAGGCAUCGGAAGCAUCGUGAGCGAGGAUGCGGAGAUCAACGAGUGUGGCCAGGCGCAGGCUGAUGCAGUGGCGGAAAAGCUCAAAGAGGCGGGGGUCUUCCACGCUCUGCAUUUGGCGAUCAUCUCACCCUUCACCCGCGCCCUGCAGACGGCCCUCCGUGUGAUUCCGCAGGCACCAUUCCCGCGCAAAAGAGUUUCUGGUCAUGACUGCACACAGGUGCACCCGCUGUGUGCGGAGCAGACUUUUAUGCACUCCCAUGUGGGGCGCGGCAACCGCGGCUCCACUGUGGAGGAGCUCUCCAGAAGUUCAGAUUUCAGUGUCUUUGACUGGAAAGAAGUUGAGGCCUACUGCCAGAAGCGCCGUGUGAACGCUGGGAAAUGGUGGCAUCAUGGACCUCACAGCGAGGAGACUGAAAGCUCCUUUCAACGUCGAGCAGUGCGGCUCAAGAAGUGGCUCGGGAGCCUCCAAGAUCACUGGGCUGUGCCACUGAAUGUGUUGCUGGUUUGUCACGGCGGCAUCAUGCAGGCGGCCUUCGACUACCAGCCGCACCCUCCGAACUGCGGCUUCCGCGUGUACGAUCUGCAGCGGACAGGCGUUGCCACCCAUGUGGCUCGUGGCCAGGCACUUCGCUGA